GCUGGAAGCUGGAGGGGCCUAGGGGGUGGGAGUGGGAGGAGAUGGGGGCCGACCAGAGGAAGGGGGGGCAGGAAGAGGCUAACAGCCUGAUGUCGAGUCAUCCAGGAGAAGGGCAGCAGAGACCCUGAGGCAUAGAAGAGCGAGAGGACCUCCGUCUCCACAUCUGUAGCUUUCUUGUUCUCAGGCCACCGGAACACACAGAGUUCGAGCGGGCCACGACGACCAAGUGAGGCCAUGUGGCAGCUGCUGAUCCCUCUGGCCCUGUGGCUGGGCGCGGUGGGUCUGGGCAGGGCUGAGCUCACCGCAGCACAGCAGCGGGGCCUGCAGGUGGCCCUGGAAGAAUUUCAUAAGCACCCGCCCGUUCAGUGGGCCUUCAAGGAGACCAGUGUGGACAAAGCCGAGGACACGCCCUUCCCUGCAGGGACCUUCGUGAGGCUGGAAUUUAAACUCCAGCAGACGAGCUGCCGGAAGAAGGACUGGAAAAAAGCCAACUGCAAAAUCAAACCCAAUGGGAGGAAGCGGAAAUGCCUGGCCUGCAUCAAGCUGAACUCUGCAGAUAAAGUUCUAGGCCGGAUGGUCCACUGCCCCAUCCACACACAGGUUCACCAGGAGCCUGAGGAGCACCAGGAGGCUCAGUGCAGCAGGGUGGAGCGCACAGGCGAGGACCCCCACAGUUACUACUUCCCAGGACAAUUUGCCUUCUUCAAGGCCCCGCCUCCCAGCUGAGGCCCCACAGAGUUGGGUCCCGCUUCCCGGACAGCUGCAGGAGGUAACCAGCAAAGGACCCCCGCCUGUCCCUGAGCUCAGGGAGGACAAUCCCAUCAUCCCCGAGCUAAUAAAAGUGCUCUCCCAGA